AUGAUGAAAGUCGACACCAAGGAGCAGACUCCAGGCAAACCUGCUCGCACCGUCUAUCCAUGGAUCAACACUGACAAUGUCACUGGGGUCGUGAGAAAGAGUUUCGACUACGUCUAUGGCAAACUCAAGUUCUUGAACGGCCGGGUGGACGACAUCGAAACGCAGAUCACGCAUCUCAAACAGCUUGUCGAAGACGUUAAGGUAAAGUCCGAAGCGGAUAACCAAGGACUGCAAACCGAUAUCGAUGCUCAGAAGGUGCAGAAUCAGCAGCUGCGAAACGAACUGGAUGCUAAGAAGGAUCGAAACCAGCGACUAGAGACCACGAUCCAGGCUGCGCAACAGUCAAUCACCCAGGUUGGUCAACAGUUGCGAAACGAACUGAAUGCUGAGAAGGAUCGAAACCAGCGACUAGAGACCACAAUCCAGGCUUCGCAACAGUCAAUCACCCAGGUUGGUCAACAGUUGAAUGAUCUCUCCAACCAGCUUGGUGCCCACAAGACUAUCACUACCUCAAAGUUCAAAAGGACAGAUCGACUCGUGUUAGAGUCCACGCAGAAGAUCAAAUCGCUGGAACAGUCUGGCAAUACCUACAGUCAGGACAUUCUCGAGCUUAGAGAGGACCUAGAAAACCGCUUCAAGACAGCAUUGAUUCAUACCCAAGAAUCCUUGCAUCGCCACGAAACCGCCUUGAUCAAAGGUCUGAAACUCCUCAGAGUCGAGACGGCGGAAAAGCUCGCUACUGCAACAAUUCACCUCUCCACCGCUGUUGAUACCGUGCAAGCACAAUCCCGCGAGCACACGGAAACGAUCGAAAAGACCGCCCUAGUUCUGGACUGCAACUCCCAGCGUAUCGAAGAGCUCGGAAAUGCGAUGGAAAAGCCACAGUUUCUGGAAGGCCUGAACCACCGCAUCGAAGGGCUUGAGACUGCUGUAGAAUCACAUGAUGCGGCACUGCAAGCUUCCCAGGCUAUGGUCACCAGACUCGACUCUCUAAAUGUCCGCCUGGGUGUUUCGGAAGUUGCUCUCGGCUCUAUUCGAACAUCGAGUUUGACGCCUUCGACUACCACAACAGCUACUUCCGCUCUCGACAACCUUCGGAAUAAAGUUGAUACAGUCAAUCUGCAACUGAAGAACGAACUGGCCUCAUUCGGAAAAUGCAAAGACCGACUUGUCGCAUUGGAAAAGCACCGCGAUACAGCUGUAUCUCUCAAACUUAACAACAGGGUCUGCGAAUUGGAAGAGAACUACAACAAGAUGCGCGAUGUCCAUACAAACAUUACCACCAAUUGUGUUACCCACGAGCAAUUUGCUGUUGUUAGGAAUCAUCUCGCGGCUUCCCUCGAGACGACUAUUCAAAACCACCGGGACGAGGUGAACCAUAAUGUUGGGGUACUGAACGAGCGAUGGGGUGGGCACUUACAAAACAUAGAGACCUCUCUCAAAAAGGUUGUUAAGGACAACGUAUUCCCCGUAAGCACCUACGUUGUCAUCUCCAUGAUGUCUGCUUUUAAAUCGUAA